AUGGUCUUCAUGUCAAAUUUCUGGACUACGAGGGCUCUAGUCACUUCUUGUAUCAUUAAUGACUACGACCUCUCCGUAAUUCCCGAAACCACACUCUCUGCGAGACAGGAAGGUUUGCCUUUUGUAUAUAAUUGGACCAUUCUUCCUUGUAAUGAUAAUAAAGGCUACGUGACGCUGUUUAGACCACAAGAAAAACCAAAAACGAUGACUCUCAAAGGGUUUAAUGUUAUGUUUGGUAGAGAAAUACAAUUAACAUUCUCAGCUAUCCCUACAAUUUCUUCCACUAUGCUUCUAACUCUACAUUGUGGAAAUACGGAUGCGUUGAAGUGGCCAUCAGAGGACUACAAUAUUAGUAACGAUAGAACUUCAGGAUUUGACAUGUAUUAUGCAACGGCACUAUCAACAGCUCUUUGUCCAGAUGCCCUUUCAAAGAAUAGAUGUGGAGUUGGUUGUGUUUUUGUUGUCUUUAUCUUUGGUGGACUCGCCAUGUACAUAGUUGUAACGGUUAUCUGGAAUUUUUUCCGGCAAGAUAAAUGUGGGAAAUCUCUUUUACCUCACCCAGCAUUCUGGGCUGACUUUCCUUUUCUUCUUAGGGACGGCGCAGUGUAUUUCUACUGGAAGUUGGCACGUUAUUUCGGUCGUGGUUAUCGCUCACCAACGUAUGAACAAGUUUACGAGAAUGGUGAUGUGACGAAAAAUAGCUGA